ACCCCUGCCUCCCCCUCUCACCUUACUCCGCAUGACCAUGGAUGCCCUCCUCACCAACCCCUCUCUCUCCCGCUCAAAUUCCUCCCGAAACCAACCCUCUCUUCACCCCGCACCCCUCAACCCUACUCACCCCCACCGCAACCCCUCUCUCCGCCGCCUCCCCUCCCUCUCCGCCUUCCAGGACAACAGUUCUCGAUCCCGCCAAAUUCAAGAAUCUCCCGCAUCACCGUCGUCAGAAGAGGAUGGUUCGAGAGGUGAACAGGAUCAUCGGAAGCCGAACUAUCUCCGCUCCCCCGUCUUCGCCGACGACGGCUCCGCCACGACCUCCACCGCUACCGAGUACCUCAUCGAAGGAAAGACGGAAGACCCCUCGUGGGUCCCGUCAACCAACAUUGCUGCGGACGUUGUCGCGGAGUACGAGACGCCGUGCCCCGCGAGGAAAGCUGAUGCCAAGCGUUGAAGACGCUGCAUCGACGAUGAGUCGACGUCUCAGGGACCCGACGUGGAGGAUUCGGACGGCGUACGCGCUGCAUUUUUGCGGCGGGCUCGGUCGGAGGAGUGCGUGAGGGUGUGCGAGGCUGGUGGUGAUGUCAUAGGAAAGAGCGGGCUGGUGGUGGCUCUCCGGCCCUUGCACGUUGCGGCCGGGUAUGCGAGGCCGGGAGCAGUGAAGGCACUACUAGAACUAGGCGCGGACCCCUACAGAGCCGAUGACAGAGGCCGAACCGCAAUCGACCUAGCAAAAGAAGUCCUGGCCGCGACGCCCAAGGGGAACCCCGCAGCGUUCGGACGCAGAAUUGGGCUUGAAGGAGCGAUCAAGGAGAUGGAGAAGUUCGUGUACGAGUGGGCAGAGGUCGAGAGAGUGAUCGAAGGGCGAGGCAAAGGUGAGAGGAGAGAGUACUUGAUCGAGUGGAGGGACGGCGGGGAGCGGGAGUGGGUGAAGAAGCGGUGGGUGGCCGAGGAUUUGGUGCGGGAUUUCGAGGCAGGGCUCGAGUAUGGAGUUGCAGAGAAGGUCGUGGGGAUGAGGGAAGGUGAGGAGGGGGGGAGAGAGUAUCUGGUGAAGUGGGUGGAUAUUGAGGAGGCUACAUGGGAGCCUGAGGAGAACGUGGAUGGAGAGUUGAUAGGGGAGUUUAAGAGAGGAGAGGAGGGGAAGGUUGAGGUGAAGGAAUCAGAGGAGAGAGCUGUGGGUUGAGGUGUUUUUCCGGACUAAAUUUGUUUUUUUUAUUAAUUUUUUUAGUUGGUUCUGCAAUUGAGGGGUUCAAUUUUUGAAGAGAAUUUGCGCGUUGAUGAAAUUUUGACAUGGCUGGUUUUAGUUCGGACUUUGUUUUUAUAGCAUAUUAGUACAUACCAA